AUGAGCAAUUCCACGACAGUGUCUCAGGAGGAAGCGUACAACAAUCUGAAGGACAGGUUGGUCAGUAAACCAGUGCUCAAAGUCUUCAACCCUAAUGCGGAUACUGAACUACACUGUGACCCUAGCAGUGUGGGUCUGAGUGGCAUGUUGCUUCAACGAAGUGAAGAUAAGAGGUUACACUUGGUGCAUGCUGUAUCAAAAAAGACUACCUCAGCUGAACGACAUUACCACUCGAGCAAGCAGGAGCUAAUGGCAGUGGUCUGGAGUAUGUGUAGAUUGCGACCAUAUUUAAUCGGGAUUAGCAAAGUCUUUCAUAGCAUUUGUAUAGCAUACACCCUUCUUAUGAAGCAUUUAUACUUAUGUUCAUGCAGUAAUAACGUUAAUGGAAACCCACCAAAAUUGUCUUCCAGCAUUUGCGUUACUUCAUCAGAAGAUGUAACAUCUUUUUUAAUUCUUAAAUUCAGAUCUAAAAAAAUCUUGAUUAAAAAAUCUAAAAUAUAUAGUUAUACAUGUAAAUAG